GGAGUUUGAACUCAGGCCCUUAUACUUGCUCUGCAGGUACUCUACCUGCUCUACCAAUUGAGCUAUUUUGCCAGCCCUUUUUUGUGUUCAGUAUUUUUGAGAUAGGGUCUUUUGAACUGUUUGCCUAGGCUGGCCUUGAACUGCCUAAUCUCUGUCUCCUGAGUAGCUAGGUUUACAGGUGUGAACCACCGGUGCAUGGCCAGCAGUAGUUUUGUGAUAGGAUCUCAGUGGUCUUGAACUCACACAAUCCUUCAGCCUCAGCCUCCCCAGUGCCAAGAUUACAGAUAUGAACCACCACACCUGGCUCAGCACAAUUUCAGAGAUCAUUUCUAACUGUGAAGUAGAAGUGCUAAAUGGAAGGGUGCUUGUAGGCAUUUAUUGGAGGUAUAAAGGGGAUAUUUAUUUAGGAACUUGUUCCUUUCUUGGCUUUAGCAUUGAUCUAGAAGGCAGUAGAGGUCCUGUGGAGGAUUUUAGUUUCCCACCUUGUAUUUAUUUUGUCAAUACAAGGGUCAAGUAAAGCCUUGCUGCCACUGAGAGGGACUGCAGGUGAUCUGUGCUUCCAUUCGCCUCCUUUGUGUAGGCAAAUGCAGGGAAUUAGGUAUGUGUGUUAGGAUUGCCAUGGCACCUACUCUUCCAGGUUUCUCAGUGUAAAACAGAUUUCCACACAGCAUUUGCGGUGUGUCUAAUAAAAGGUAUGUGAUACCUCAGUGAUUAACUUUCCUUCUGGAAAACUUUUCCUUCUGCAGCAGGUUUGGGGGACUACUUUAACUUUUUAGAGACUGCACCUUUGUCCCCUGUUCCUUGAUAAUCAUUUUGAGAGAAACCAUAAGCGUUUUAGAAAUCUGUUGAUAUUUAAAAUAUAAUUAUAAAUGUGCAUAUUAUUUCAACACACCUAAAAACCAUUAAAUGUCAUUAACAUAACACAGCAGGUAAAUAGUGAGAAAUCCCUUGAAGAAUUACAAGUAUACUUUUAGUUUGCAAGGCAGUGCCUGCCAGUACCCUAAAUGAAUAAUAAAAUCAGUUUGAGCACAAAUAUUCAGUGAAAAAUAUGCCUUAGUUUGUGAUGUUUUUUGAAGUAUGUGGGCCUAGCAGUUACUUUAUUCAUGGGUAGGACUGGCAUUGUAUUGAAACUGUUAACUCUACAUGCUAAGAAUGAGCUUCAAAAAAAAGUAUUGUGAUAAUAUUCUUAUGUACUUGACCUUGUUUGUGCUUGAAGUUUUCCUUUGACCAAUUGCAGGUGUAUUAAUCCUGUCAGAAAAAUCAUGUAGACUCAUCCUCAGAAUUUUAGAAUCUUGAUUAAAUUAAGAAACAGCACUCUGUGCCCCUAAAAGUGUAUGGGUAAUGAAGUUAAACAGUACACAGCUAAUGAAACAGCUUUAAAGAUAACAGUAAUAACUAUAAUGAUUGGCUAACAGUUGUUGAGCAUUUCUGGUUGGGUAGGUAGUAUGCUGAGUGGGAUUUUUUGUUUGUUUGCUUUGUUUUGUUUUGGUACUUGGGACUGAACCUAGGACCUUAUCCAUGCUAAGCAGUCUCUGCCAUUGAGUGACACCCCAGCCUCUGCUGAGUAUUUCUGUGUAUCUUUUAAUUACUCAUCAAACAACUCCAGGUAUUAAUGGAAUUAUUAUCCCCAUUUUACAAAUGAGGAGACUGAGGGAGGAGAGGCUAAAUUGCCAUACAAUUCUAGUAGGUGGUAGAGGAGGAAUUUGUAUCCACAUUGGCCAGACUCCAGAAUCUGCAUGCAUAACCUUCAUGCUAAUGUUGCUGCCCAGACCAGCUCUGAAACUUGCAUCGAUAAACAAAAGUGCUCUUAAAAGUACCAUCAACACCUUGUAAUCACAUAGCAUAUUCUCUUGCUAUAACCUAUCAGCCCAGGUUAUUUCUGUCCAUCUGCCUCUGUUUGGGCUUGCUGUAUUUGUGGGGUGUCUUGGAAUCUAAAAUGACCAAAGCCUGUGCCUUUUACCCUUACGACCCUUCCUCUGUCAUGAAGAUGAGACAGUUAUUCUUGUGGAGGUCUUUUUUUUUGGUGGCUGACAACUUGAAAGUCUUAGAUCAGAAAUAUCAGGGUGUGAAUCAUAAAAAUGGAGAUAAUGAUAUCCAGAGAGAAGAUUAAGUGGGGUACUCUGUCAGAAGCCUUUGGGACAGCAUAUGACAUAUUUAUUGACCAAGUACUAUUUUUAUUAGCUGAUUUACAAUCAUUGAACCUGUCAAACCGAUGUAUCUUGAUUUUGUUUUUAAUUAAAAAGUUUCUCAAACCAUAAUUGUAAUUAUAAGUAGACAAGAAUGAGUGACUUGCAGUGGUGUUUGGCUGUACCAUUUUCACUUUUAUUCAGGAGUAGAGAUUGGAAAAUUAAUAUUUACAUGUACCUUUGUCCAGCAGAAUGAUCAGCUAUUAUUUACUUGAUCCUGUUGAUUACACAGAGAUGAUUCAGAUGUCCUUGGUUCUAAAAAUGACAACUUUGAGGGAGCAGUUGUUCUUCUCUAGUUGUAAAGCUAUUCUCUGCUCUUGAGUUACACCCAUCUUUUUAGACAACAGGUCAUUCCUUCUUUCCCCUAAAUCUGCAAUUCUUUAAAUAAUGGAUGAUGUUAUCCUGGAUGAUCAGUAAGUUUUGAAAUAAUAGAAUUUUCUGAUUCUGGCAGAAACCACUUUGUUCCCAACACCUGUAGGAACUUCAGGUCCUCAAGUCUCAGGAUACUUGACUCAGUUCUCAUUUCCCAGCUUCUAUUUACUGUUCAAGGAAGAGAUGGUGGGAUCUAAACCCAGAGUAAAUUUGGGGUUGGAGUCUUGGAUCUCAAUGGAAGGUAGAACAUGAGAAGGUUCCCAUCUUCGGCAAAGGAAGAUGCUAGGUAGCUUCCCAAGAAUUCCACUGAUGCUCAGCGGAAUGGAACAGAAACAGAAGAGAUAGCAUGUAGAGAAUUUUCAUUUUAUUUUGUUUUCACUUAAAAAUGACUAAAGGAAUCAUAAAAUAAGUGGGAUGAAAUGUAAACAAUUGAAUAUGAUGAGACCAGCACCCUCAUAGUUGCCUGAAGUUCAAAAAGACUGUAUGGCAUUCCAGUUGUGCUAGUCACCUAUCUUGAGGAACAAUCUGGAAGCCCAUCAGCUGUUACAAGCAUUCUUUAUCUAUCUUCUAUGGCAAAAAGAGGAGGAUUAGAAAAGGAACAACAGUGAAAAAUUGUCUCCUAAAUUAAUUAUCAAUGAAUGGGUUAAUGGUAACAUAAAACUUGAAAACAAGAAUCUGGAAUAUAAGACCUACAUCCAGACUUCACCUGACACUGCAGGGUCCAAGAGAAUUAAAGAAAUAUGGAAUGACAUGAAGAAGAUUAGUUAAGGAUUAUAGGCUUUUGAGGACAAACCCCUCAGUGACGUGAAGCACAGACAAGCUCCCAAGCUGUAGUUUGGAGGAGCCGUGUGUUGGAAGAUGGCAGAUCCAGGAAUGAUGAGUCUUUUUGGCGAGGAUGGGAAUAUCUUUAGUGAAGGCCUCGAAGGCCUUGGAGAAUGUGGUUACCCUGAAAAUCCAGUAAAUCCCAUGGGUCAGCAAAUGCCGAUAGACCAAGGCUUUGCCUCUUUACAGCCUUCCCUUCAUCAUCCCUCCACUAAUCAAAGUCAAACCAAGUUGACCCAUUUUGAUCACUAUAAUCAGUAUGAACAAAAGGUGCAUCUGAUGGAUCAGCCCAGCAGAAUGAUGAGCAGCGCCCCUGGGAACGGACUGGCAUCUCCGCACUCACAGUAUCAUACCCCACCUGUCCCCCAGGUGCCACAUGCUGGCAGUGGCGGUGGUCCAUUGGGAGUUUACCCUGGCAUGCAGAACGAAAGGCAUGGGCAAUCUUUUGUGGACAGUGGCUCCAUGUGGGGUCCCCGGGCUGUUCAGGUACCAGACCAGAUACGAGCCCCCUACCAGCAGCAGCAGCCCCAGCCCCAGCCACCACAGCCGGCUCCAUCAGGGCCACCAGCACAGGGCCACCCUCAGCACAUGCAGCAGAUGGGCAGCUAUAUGGCACGUGGGGAUUUUUCCAUGCAGCAGCAUGGUCAGCCACAGCAGAGGAUGAGCCAGUUUUCCCAAGGUCAAGAGGGCCUUAAUCAGGGAAACCCUUUCAUUGCCACCUCAGGACCCGGCCACUUGUCCCACGUGCCCCAACAGAGUCCCAGCAUGGCGCCUUCCUUGCGUCAUUCGGUGCAGCAAUUCCAUCACCACCCCCCUACUGCUCUCCAUGGAGAAUCCGUUGCCCACAGUCCCAGAUUCUCCCCAAAUCCUCCUCAACAAGGGGCUGUUAGGCCACAAACCCUUAACUUUAGUUCUCGGAGCCAGACAGUCCCCUCUCCUACUAUAAACAACUCAGGGCAGUAUUCUCGAUAUCCUUACAGUAACCUAAAUCAGGGAUUAGUUAACAAUACAGGGAUGAAUCAAAAUUUAGGCCUUACGAAUAAUACCCCAAUGAAUCAGUCCGUACCAAGAUACCCCAAUGCUGUAGGAUUCCCAUCAAACAGUGGUCAAGGACUAAUGCACCAGCAGCCCAUCCACCCCAGUGGCUCACUUAACCAAAUGAACACGCAAACUAUGCAUCCUUCGCAGCCUCAGGGAACUUACGCCUCUCCACCUCCCAUGUCACCCAUGAAAGCAAUGAGUAAUCCGGCAGGCACUCCUCCUCCACAAGUCCGGCCUGGAAGUGCUGGGAUACCAAUGGAAGUUGGCAGUUACCCAAAUGUGCCCCACCCUCAGCCAUCUCACCAGCCCCCUGGUGCCAUGGGACUUGGACAGAGGAAUAUGGGCCCCAGAAACAUGCAGCAGUCUCGUCCGUUUAUGGGCAUGUCCUCGGCACCAAGGGAGUUGACUGGGCACAUGAGACCAAAUGGUUGUCCUGGUGUUGGCCUUGCAGAUCCACAAGCAAUCCAGGAACGACUGAUACCUGGCCAGCAGCAUCCUGGUCAGCAGCCGUCUUUUCAGCAGUUGCCAACCUGUCCUCCACUGCAGCCCCACCCGGGCUUGCACCACCAGUCUUCACCUCCACACCCUCAUCACCAGCCUUGGGCACAGCUCCACCCAUCACCCCAGAACACCCCACAGAAAGUGCCUGUGCGUCAGCAUUCUCCAUCGGAGCCCUUUCUAGAGAAACCGGUGCCAGAUAUGACUCAGGUUAGUGGACCGAAUGCUCAGCUAGUGAAGACUAGUGAAGAUUACCUGCCAUCGGUAGAACAGCAGCCACAGCAAAAGAAGAAGAAAAAGAAAAACAACCACAUUCUUACAGAGGAUCCUAGCAAGAGUUUUGGUAAAGAUGACUUCCCUGGUGGGGUUGAUAACCAAGAACUAAGUAGGAACUUACUGGAUGGGUCCCAAGAAGAAAAAAAGAAAAAGAAAAGGCCGAAGGCAAAAAAAGAUCCGAAGGAACCGAAAGAACCCAAGGAGAAAAAAGAGCCCAAGGAACCCAAGACCCCCAAAACCCCUAAGAUUCCCAAAGAGCCAAAGGAAAAGAAAGCAAAAACUGCCACGCCAAAACCCAAAUCCAGCAAAAAGUCAAGUAAUAAGAAACCUGAUUCAGAAGCAAGUGCUUUGAAGAAAAAGGUCAACAAGGGAAAAACAGAAGGUUCUGAAAAUUCAGACUUGGACAAAACACCCCUACCAUCUCCUGCUCCUGAAGAAGAUGAAGACCUAGGCAUUCAGAAGAGGCGGUCCAGCAGGCAGGUGAAGAGAAAGCGAUAUACUGAAGACUUGGAGUUCAAGAUUUCUGAUGAGGAGGCAGAUGAUGCAGAUGCUGCUGGGAGAGACUCCCCUUCCAACACUUCACAGUCAGAGCAGCAGGAAUCAGUUGAUGCAGAAGGCCCAGUGGUAGAAAAGAUCAUGAGUAGUCGUUCAGUGAAAAAACAGAAGGAAUCUGGAGAGGAAAUAGAAGUUGAAGAAUUUUAUGUGAAAUACAAAAACUUCUCUUAUCUUCAUUGUCAAUGGGCAUCUGUAGAAGAUCUGGAAAAAGAUAAGAGAAUUCAGCAAAAGAUUAAACGAUUUAAGUCAAAACAGGGCCAGAACAAAUUCCUUUCAGAGAUUGAGGAUGAGCUUUUUAAUCCAGAUUAUGUGGAAGUUGACCGGAUAAUGGACUUUGCACGUAGCACAGAUGACCGGGGAGAGCCUGUGACUCACUAUCUGGUGAAGUGGUGCUCACUUCCUUAUGAAGACAGCACGUGGGAGUUGAGGCAGGACAUAGAUCAAGCAAAGAUCGAAGAGUUUGAGAAACUCAUGUCCAGGGAGCCAGAAACAGAGCGUGUGGAGCGACCUCCUGCUGAUGAUUGGAAGAAAUCGGAGAGUUCCAGGGAGUAUAAAAACAAUAACAAACUCAGGGAAUACCAGUUGGAGGGAGUAAACUGGCUACUUUUCAACUGGUACAACAUGCGAAACUGCAUUUUAGCAGAUGAAAUGGGUUUGGGAAAAACUAUCCAGUCCAUUACAUUUCUCUAUGAGAUAUAUUUGAAAGGAAUCCAUGGCCCUUUUUUAGUAAUUGCCCCAUUGUCCACAAUCCCCAACUGGGAAAGGGAAUUCCGAACUUGGACAGAGUUGAACGUGGUUGUGUACCAUGGGAGUCAAGCUAGUCGUCGGACCAUUCAGUUGUAUGAAAUGUACUUCAAAGAUCCCCAGGGUCGAGUGAUAAAGGGGUCCUAUAAGUUCCAUGCCAUCAUCACUACAUUUGAGAUGAUUUUGACUGAUUGUCCUGAGCUGCGGAAUAUUCCAUGGCGCUGUGUGGUCAUUGAUGAAGCCCACAGGCUGAAGAAUAGGAACUGCAAGCUAUUGGAAGGACUCAAGAUGAUGGAUUUGGAGCAUAAGGUGCUGCUGACUGGGACCCCACUGCAGAACACUGUGGAGGAGCUCUUUAGCCUGCUGCAUUUCUUGGAACCAAGUCGCUUCCCUUCAGAAACCACCUUUAUGCAAGAAUUUGGUGAUUUAAAAACAGAAGAGCAGGUGCAAAAACUUCAGGCUAUUCUAAAGCCAAUGAUGUUGAGACGGCUCAAAGAGGAUGUAGAAAAGAACUUGGCCCCCAAAGAAGAGACCAUUAUUGAAGUUGAGCUAACAAACAUUCAGAAGAAAUAUUACCGAGCCAUCCUUGAGAAGAAUUUUACAUUUCUUUCCAAAGGUGGUGGACAAGCUAACGUACCUAACCUUUUAAACACUAUGAUGGAAUUGCGAAAGUGCUGCAAUCAUCCGUACCUGAUCAAUGGUGCCGAAGAGAAAAUUUUGGAAGAGUUUAAAGAAACACACAAUGCAGAGUCUCCAGAUUUUCAGCUCCAGGCAAUGAUCCAGGCUGCUGGCAAGCUAGUUCUGAUUGACAAGCUGCUGCCAAAACUGAAGGCUGGUGGCCACAGGGUGCUUAUCUUUUCCCAGAUGGUGCGCUGCCUGGACAUACUGGAAGACUACCUCAUCCAGAGACGGUACCCAUAUGAAAGGAUCGAUGGCCGAGUAAGAGGCAACCUCCGCCAGGCAGCUAUUGACAGAUUCUCCAAACCUGAUUCUGACAGGUUUGUUUUCCUCCUGUGUACGAGGGCAGGAGGUUUAGGCAUUAAUCUCACUGCUGCUGAUACCUGCAUCAUCUUUGAUUCAGACUGGAAUCCCCAAAAUGACCUCCAGGCUCAGGCUAGAUGUCAUAGAAUAGGACAGAGUAAAUCUGUGAAAAUCUACAGGCUGAUUACAAGAAAUUCCUAUGAAAGGGAAAUGUUCGACAAGGCUAGUUUGAAGCUUGGUCUGGAUAAAGCUGUGCUGCAGUCUAUGAGUGGAAGAGAAAAUGCUACCAAUGGGGUACAACAGCUUUCCAAGAAAGAAAUAGAAGAUCUUCUACGAAAGGGGGCUUAUGGUGCACUCAUGGAUGAGGAAGAUGAAGGGUCUAAGUUUUGUGAAGAAGAUAUUGAUCAGAUUCUUCUACGGCGAACCCACACUAUUACCAUUGAGUCUGAAGGAAAGGGUUCCACAUUUGCUAAGGCCAGUUUUGUUGCAUCUGGAAAUAGGACAGAUAUUUCCUUGGAUGAUCCAAAUUUCUGGCAAAAGUGGGCUAAGAAGGCUGAAUUAGACAUUGAUGCCUUAAAUGGGAGGAACAACCUGGUUAUUGAUACUCCACGAGUGAGAAAGCAAACCAGGCUGUACAGUGCAGUGAAGGAGGAUGAGCUGAUGGAGUUUUCAGACUUGGAAAGUGAUUCUGAGGAAAAACCUUGUGUAAAGCCACGGCGUCCCCAGGAUAAGUCACAGGGCUAUGCCAGGAGCGAAUGUUUCCGAGUGGAGAAGAAUCUGCUCGUUUAUGGCUGGGGCCGGUGGACAGACAUCCUGUCCCAUGGACGCUACAAACGUCAACUCACCGAGCAAGAUGUGGAAACCAUCUGCAGAACCAUCCUUGUGUACUGUCUCAACCAUUACAGAGGGGAUGAGAACAUCAAAAGUUUCAUCUGGGAUCUGAUCACGCCCACAGCUGAUGGCCAGACACGAGCUUUAGUCAAUCAUUCUGGUCUGUCAGCCCCAGUGCCAAGGGGAAGGAAAGGGAAGAAGGUGAAAGCCCAGAGCACACAGCCUGUGGUGCAGGAUGCUGACUGGUUGGCCAGCUGCAACCCCGAUGCCCUGUUCCAGGAGGACAGCUAUAAGAAGCACCUGAAGCACCACUGCAACAAGGUCCUGCUGCGUGUCCGCAUGCUGUACUACCUAAGACAAGAAGUGAUAGGAGACCAGGCGGAUAAGAUCCUAGAGGGUGCUGACUCAAGUGAAGCAGAUGUGUGGAUCCCUGAACCUUUCCAUGCUGAAGUUCCUACAGAUUGGUGGGAUAAGGAAGCAGAUAAAUCCCUCUUAAUUGGAGUGUUCAAACAUGGCUAUGAGAAGUAUAACUCCAUGAGAGCUGACCCCACACUGUGCUUUCUGGAACGAGUUGGUAUGCCUGAUGCCAAGGCCAUAGCUGCUGAGCAGAGAGGGACAGACAUGCUAGCAGAUGGUGGUGACGGUGGAGAAUUUGAUAGAGAAGAUGAAGACCCUGAAUAUAAGCCAACUAGAACACCAUUCAAAGAUGAAAUAGAUGAAUUUGCAAAUUCUCCUCCGGAGGAUAAGGAAGAGUCCAUGGACUUGCAUGCCACAGGCAAGCACAGUGAGAGUAAUGCUGAGUUAGGCCAACUUUACUGGCCUAACACUUCAACCCUGACUACGCGUCUGCGCCGGCUCAUUACUGCCUAUCAGCGCAGCUAUAAAAGGCAACAAAUGAGGCAAGAGGCCUUAAUGAAGACUGACCGGCGUAGACGGCGGCCUCGGGAGGAAGUGAGAGCGCUAGAGGCGGAAAGGGAAGCUAUUAUAUCUGAGAAACGGCAAAAGUGGACAAGAAGAGAAGAAGCUGAUUUUUACCGUGUGGUGUCCACCUUUGGGGUUAUUUUUGACCCCGUGAAACAGCAGUUUGACUGGAACCAAUUCCGAGCCUUUGCCAGACUUGACAAAAAGUCUGAUGAGAGUUUGGAGAAAUACUUCAGCUGCUUUGUGGCCAUGUGCAGGCGGGUCUGUCGAAUGCCAGCCAAGCCAGACGAUGAGCCUCCUGACCUCGCCUCCCUGAUUGAGCCCAUCACAGAGGAACGGGCCUCUAGAACUUUGUACCGCAUUGAGCUGCUACGAAAGAUCCGUGAGCAGGUCCUGCACCACCCGCAGCUGGGAGAGAGGCUGAAGCUCUGCCAGCCCAGCCUGGAUCUUCCCGAGUGGUGGGAGUGUGGAAGGCAUGACCGGGACCUACUGGUUGGUGCUGCUAAGCAUGGGGUCAGUCGGACAGACUACCACAUCCUCAACGACCCCGAGCUGUCCUUCUUAGAUGCACAUAAAAACUUUGCUCAAAACCGAGGGGCAAGUAACGUCUCUUCCUUGAACCCACUGGCUGUGGGCUUUGGCCAGACUCCUCCAGUUGUCUCAUCAAGUCACAGUCACGAAGAGAAGGUACUGGAACAAGUUGAAGGCAAAAUAGAAGAGUCUGAAAACUCGACAGCCAAAGAGAGGUCUCAGGGGAAAAAUGAGGAAGAAGAAGCUGAUGGUGGGGGCAAGGACAGCAAGCAGGAAUGUGAGGUGGAGGACAGCUCUGUGAAGAGUGAGCUGAAAGGGGCUGAGGGCAGUGCAGAACCUGGGUCCAAGCCUGUCUCGGAGAAAGGCUCUGAAGAGGACGAAGAAGAAAAGCUGGAGGAUGAUGAUAAGUCGGAGGAGUCAUCCCAGCCUGAAGCAGGAGCUGUCUCUAGAGGGAAGAAUUUUGAUGAAGAAAGCAAUGCCUCUAUGAGUACUGCUAGGGAUGAAACGCGAGAUGGAUUCUACAUGGAGGAUGGAGAUCCUUCAGUAGCUCAGCUCCUUCAUGAAAGAACAUUUGCCUUCUCAUUUUGGCCUAAGGAUAGAGUAAUGAUAAACCGAUUAGACAACAUCUGUGAAGCAGUGUUGAAAGGCAAAUCAGUAAAUAGGCGCCAGGUGUUUGAUUUCCAGGGCCUCAUCCCUGGUUACACACCCACCACUGUGGACAGUCCCCUGCAGAAGAGGAGCUUUGCGGAGCUCUCUCUGGUCGGCCAGGCCAGCAUUAGUGGGAGUGAAGACAUCACUACUUCUCCUCAGCUGUCAAAGGAAGAUGCCCUCAACCUCUCUGUCCCUCGUCAGCGACGGAGGAGAAGGAGAAAAAUCGAAAUCGAGGCCGAAAGAGCUGCCAAGAGGCGAAAUCUCAUGGAGAUGGUUGCUCAGUUGCGAGAGUCUCAGGUGGUCUCAGAAAAUGGACAAGAAAAAGUUGUAGAUUUAUCAAAGGCCUCACGAGAGGCAACAAGUUCUACCUCAAAUUUUUCAUCUCUUACUUCAAAGUUUAUCUUGCCUAAUGUCUCGACACCAGUGUCUGAUGCCUUUAAGACUCAAAUGGAACUGCUCCAAGCAGGCCUUUCACGCACACCCACAAGGCAUCUGCUUAAUGGCUCCCUAGUGGAUGGAGAGCCUCCACUGAAGAGGAGACGGGGCAGGAGGAAAAACGUGGAGGGCCUUGAUCUGCUUUUCAUGAGCCACAAACGGACGUCAUUAAGUGCGGAAGAUGCUGAGGUGACCAAAGCUUUUGAAGAAGACAUAGAAACCCCACCAAUAAGAAACAUUCCUUCUCCCGGACAGCUGGACCCAGACACGCGGAUCCCUGUUAUAAAUCUUGAAGAUGGGACGAGGCUGGUGGGGGAAGAUGCUCCUAAAAACAAGGAUUUAGUUGAGUGGCUGAAGUUGCAUCCUACUUACACUGUUGACAUGCCAAGUUAUGUACCA